UUAAUCGCAUUAAUCAAAAUUUCCCUUUAAUAAUGGUAACCAAACACGAGACUCCCUCCUCAAGAUAAGCCAUUUCUAUCUCCAGUUCCACCCAUCUUCCCCCCCACGAGAACAUAAUUUUAUUUUAAAUUCAUUUUCUCUCUCAUCUUUUUUUUACAAACUUCUCUAAAAAGGACUGAUUCGUUUCAACCCCUCUUUCUCUCUUUCAGCAUCAUAAUUAUAAGGAAAUACUUACACUUCCCACCCAAUUUAAAGUCGGUGAAAACAAACCCACAAAUUCAAUCUCUUUGCUUUUUAAACCCAACCCAACCUCAUAUGUCCAUGAUUCUCUCUAUCUCUUUCCUCCUUGUCCAUCAUCAAAAUGUCAUCGUAUCAACCCGUUUAAUUUUACCUUCCAAUAUUUACAGCCCCUUUAAAAAUAAAUAAAUAAAUAAAUAAAUAAAGGCAUUGAAGAGUCCGCCUUAGUUCUCCUGAUUUAUUUUGAUAAUAAAAAUAAAUUUCUCUCUCUCUUUUUUUUUUUUUUUUUUUUUUUUGUCUAUUGAUUUGAUCCAUUACAUCUCUCAUCUAUCUCAUGCAUCUUCUGUGUAUGCCUUAAUUUCCCACAACUUUCUCUCUCUUAACUUUCUCUAUCAUCUCUUUAUUUGUGUGUUUGUUUUACCACCCUUCUCCUCCUCAUCCCCUCACAUUGCUCCAUACUCUUCUCUCUUUCUUUUUAUAUCUUCAUUCAUCAACUCCCAUAAAUUCAUAUUGUUUCUUUCUUCUUUCUCUUUUUAUACCUCUUUUUAUUUUAUUAUUAUGGCUGUUCAAGCUCAAUACCAUUCUAAUAUUCUCCUCUUAAACAGAAACGUUCAAGGAACCAACGAUUAUUCUUUACAACAGCAACCUGGUGGUGGUGGCGGCGGAGGCGGAUUCAUUGAUCAAAAUCAUAUGCUUUUUACUAAUAAUAAUGGAGUGGGGGUUAAUCAAAGGAAAAGAAGCAGAGAGGUUGCAGGAGCAACAACAGCAACAACAACAACGACGACAAUUAAUUCAUUCAAUUUCUCUCUCCAAAAUCAGCAGCAACAACAACAAAAUCAGAAUCAUCAGUUGAUCGAUCUUUGUCAACUACAAAAUCAUCAACAGCAACAGCAACCUAAUGUGGUAUCAACUGGUCUUAGAUUAUCAUUUGGAGAUCAAAAUCAUCAACUUCAACAACACCAGCAACAACAAAUUCAACAACAGCAGCAACAACAACAAUCUAAUAAUACAAUUAUGUCUCUUCUUUCUGAAGAAUUUGCCCUUCAAUUUAAACAACAGAGUGAUGAAAUCUCCUACUUUCUCCAUUCCCAGGGGGACCAAUUGAGGCGCACGUUAGCAGACAAAAGGCAGAGGCACUAUCGUGCGCUACUAGGCGCAGCGGAAGAAGCCGUUUCACGACGGAUGAGAGAGAAAGAAGCGGAGGUAGAAAAAGCAGCAAGACGAAACGCCGAGUUGGAAGCCCGAGCGGGCCAAUUAAGCGCAGAGGCCCAAGCAUGGCAGGCCAAAGCUCGGGCCCAAGGAGUCCAAGCAGCGACUCUUCAGGCCCAAUUACAACAAGCAAUGGUGGGCCCAGGCCCAGCAAAUGGUAGCGGCGUAUUACAGGAAGGGAGUGGGGUAGGGUGUGGAGGAGACGCGGAGGAUGCUGAGUCAGCGUAUGUUGACCCAGUGAGUGACCGGAGAGUGACGUCACCGAGUUGUAAGAUGUGUCGGACACGUGUCGCGACGGUGGUGCUAUUGCCGUGUCGGCAUUUGUGUGUGUGUAAGGAGUGUGACGACGUCGUUCAAGCUUGCCCACUUUGUUUGUCUCUUCGAAGUGCCAGUGUUGAGGUCUACCUCACUUAAGAUUGGCCCACCUGGCCCAUUACCGAAUUUCAGGCCCAUAAUAUCUGACCCAAACAAAAGAAAAAAAAGGACCAAACAAAAAAAAGAAAAAAGAUAAUUAGUCAUGGUAGAAAUAAAAAUUUAUUUAAAAAAAUUUAUUUUGUCUUUUGACAAUAUUUGAAAAAAAAAACCUCAAAAUGACAACAAAAAUGGACUUUUGCAACUUUUAUUUUGGUUCGUUUUACUUUGGGUGGUGAAUGGUGAUGAUGUACAUGGCCAAAUAAUGGCAAUUUUCCUCUUUUUUUUUUUUUUUUUUUUUUUUUUUUUUUUUUUUUUUUUUUUUUUUUUUUUGCUUUAUUGAAAUUCAAUUGAUACAUAAAAUUCUUUUAUUUGAUAAUU